ACAGAACCUGAACUGGACGAAGGAGCCUUGAUCUGAGUGAACUAACUGGCACCAUGAAAAUAUUGAGUGUCUUUCUGCUCCUCUCUCUGGCUCUUUUCAGCAUUUUCUCAGGUGUCUCCAGUCAAGGAGUACAGAUUGACUGUGGUGAGUUCCAGGAUCCCAAGGUCUACUGCACUCGGGAAUCUAACCCCCACUGUGGCUCUGACGGCCAGACGUACGGCAAUAAAUGUGCCUUUUGUAAGGCGAUGGUGAAAAGUGGUGGGAAGAUCAACCUAAAGCAUCAAGGAAAAUGCUGAAUUUUGUGCAAUGUUUGUGCUGACUUCCAGCCACUUCCUUUCUCAUUUCUAUUUUUCUCUAAUGGAUCCCUUAAAUUUAUAAAGAUGUGCCUUCUACUCUG